ACCAAUUAUCACAUUUGUAGCAUACAAUUUGUCCAUAUUACACAAUUAAUAAUAUACAGGCUGAUAAUGUCUGAUAAACAUGUGUCUUGGCCACUAAGUCCCACUUGUUUUGUCCACAGCUGUUUGAGAUGUUUACUAAGACAUUUAGCAAUCACUUGGAUGAAUUGUCUGGUGGCCUGAUCCACAUUGACUAUGUGGAAACCUUUUCAACUGAGGACGGAAUGGAUCGAAUCAUCAGGCACCUCACGACUAGCAAAAUCAGGACCUUUGUUGCUCUCACGGGGCCUCAAGAUGCCGUCAAGAUGAUCUGCAGGGCCAGUCACAGUGCCUUGACCGGUUCAGGAUUUGUCUGGAUUCUACCAGGAUACAGUGACGCUAACUGGUGGAGGAAACUGCAACAUACCUGCAACUGCACGGAGGACGAGCUAGAGUCAGCCCUGGAAACAACGCUCUUUUUCGUUCCUACAAAACACCCAUUAUUUACACAGAAGACCAGGCCCACCAUCCCAGGGGUUUAUGCAGGAAUUAUUGGAUGUAACGAUGAGUAUUUACAAUCUCUCGGACAAUUCUGAUAUUUCUGGAGCCCUCGUUCACUCUCACGCUACAAGUGCCUAUGAUGCAGUGUGGACCAUAGCCAGUGCCUGGGACCGUGUCCUGACCUCACUAGACUGUGAGAUGAAGCCUCAAAACGUCACCGACCGACUGGAAUCAGCUCUGGAAGACAUUUCUGUGAGUACAUUUAGUUCUUUAAGUCGUGAAUCAUGAACAUUUGAACUGUAAUCCUUUGGUAGU